AUGGCAGUUCUCUUGAGACUGAAUGUCCUCUGUGGUGCUCAGGGAGGCCAAGCUGAUUCCAAGACUGCAUCUCUCCAUUGGACUAGCAAAAGGUUUGUCUGUGUUCAGCUUUGGGGCCUACUUCAGGGGCAUUUCAAUCAUUGCUCUGCAAUGUACUAUUUCCUGGCUAUAGUCCUCACUCUCCCUAGUCACUGGGGCCUUGGAUAAGUUGACUAUGUUCAUGGGGAUGCAUUGCAGAAAGCUGCCAAAGCAGGCCUUUUGGUACUCUCAGCUUUAACCUUUGCUGGUCUUUGUUAUUUCAGCUAUCCUGAUGUGAGCAUCUGCAAAGCUGUCACCAUGCUGUGGAAACUCUGACCUUUUUGACUCAAUCCUUUAAGAACUCAUUAUAUGCCUCCUUGCCUCUGCUCUGUCAUGCCAUUCAUUUCACAGUAGGAAAGAAGUAACAGGAAAUGGGAAUGACAGUUUUUAAACUCUUCACAUGCCAGAGCAGAAAAUGGAAGUCACAAAAGGAAAGAUGCUAAAGGACAAAUUCAAUAAAUGUGGCCAUGUGCUGUAAGCCAACAUCAAAAAGGAGAAUGGGAAGUCCAAGGGAUGCAGUGUGGUUAGUUUGAGUUGCCAGAGGGGCCAAGAGAGCCUAUGGGAUGAUGAAUGGCAGGAGACCAAGUGGCUGUUAGACUGAUAUUUAAAUCAAUAGAAAUGUUUCAGUA